GAAGUUACAGGAAGAGGUGCCUUUUAAUGUUUCAGAUGAAACUAAUAUGACUCCCCUAUGGCAGGGGCAGGAUCCGUCAACUUGUUUCGGCAAAGAACUUGUUUCUAAGGGUGAAACCAUAUUGUGUUUUAGUGAUAUAUACUCUGCUGAGUUCAUUGAUUGGGGGUUGGUACACGAAGCUGCCUUCUUGGGCCAAUCGUUUGAGAUGUACCGAUUUACAAUACGCGGAGUCCAGAAAUCAAAGACACAACCUUCUGUUUUGGUGCCAUCUUUUUACACUUUUGGACAUAAGGAUUCACAAACAUGUCAGAUUUGGGUUAAUCGGAUUAAUGAUCUUCUAAACAUGGAUGCUGAACGACCAAAGAGUCUUCUGGUUUUUAUUAACCCAAAGAGUGGGAAAGGACUCGGAUGUAAAGUUUGGGAAACGGUGGCUCCGACAUUUUCUCAAGCGAAAGUGAAAACGAAGGUUACCGUGACAGAAAGGGCAGGGCAAGCUUUUGAUAUAAUCUCUUCCAUUACAAAUAGAGAGCUCCGUUCAUAUGAUGGCGUGGUAGCAGUUGGCGGUGAUGGAUUUUUCAAUGAAAUACUGAACGGUCUUCUCUUGUCGAGGCACAAAUCUUCAUAUCCACCGAGCCCUACUGAACUUAACCAUCCCGUUGAGAAUAAUGACAACGAGCCUGUUCUUGAUACCAAUGUGGAUAUCAGGGACCCAUCUGAUAGCGGUGAAGAUGAAUCUCCUCUUCUAAAGCAAUCAGCAAACCUCAGAACUGGAGAAGAUUCCUGCCAAACAGCAGCGGACGAUCUCGAGUUUUCUUUCCCAAAUGAAAAAUUCAGAUUUGGACUUAUUCCAGCAGGAUCAACAGAUGCCAUUGUAAUAUGUACUACAGGGGCUAGGGAUGCUAUGACUUCUGCAUUGCAAAUCAUCCUUGGUAAAGCGGUGUGCCUUGAUAUUGCUCAAGUUGUAAGAUGGAAAAAGACUUCUACAUCUAAGGACGAACCCUGUGUACGUUAUGCAGCUUCUUUUGCUGGGUAUGGGUUUUAUGGAGAUGUAAUCACUGAGAGCGAGAAUUACAGGUGGAUGGGCCCUAAACGAUAUGAUUAUGCAGGAACAAAGGUGUUUCUUCGUCACAGAUCGUAUGAAGCAGAAGUUGCAUAUGUGGAAGUUGAAUCAGAAAAGAAAAACACAGGUCUUGAGAAAGAGUCAUCGGGCAGCUGGACAAAGGGAUUGUGGGCCCUACUCAAAAAGUCUGAAAGAGUAGCUUGUCGUGCAAACUGCAAUAUUUGCAAGACGAAAGCAGGCCACACAUCGGCAAAAUGUCCCAGCUUGCAGCCCUAUUCAAAAGAUUCAAGAUGGUUAAAGUCAAAAGGGAAUUUUCUUAGUGUUGGAGCUGCUGUAAUCUCUUGCAGAAAUGAAAAAGCGCCCGACGGUCUGGUGGCUGAUGCACACCUUUCUGAUGGUUUUCUGCAUCUUAUAUUAAUUAAGGACUGUCCUCAUGCAGGUUAUUUGUGUCACCUUCUGCAGCUAGCAAAGAAGGAUGGCAACCCGCUAGAUUUUGAAUUCGUUGAGCACCAUAAGACUCCGGCAUUCACAUUCACUUCUUUCGGCAAGGAGAGCAUAUGGAACGUCGAUGGCGAGCUCUUUCAAGCUCAUCAACUUUCAGCUCAAGUGUUUCGCGGGCUUAUUAACUUAUUUGCUAGUGGCCCUGAAGCAUAAAGUAGCUCUGUAUCACUUCAUAUAGGCUAUGUUGCUCUGACUCUUAGAGAAUGCUACUGCACUCGUGUUGGAUCCUCCCAAAAUGCACUAUUUUUGGAGGAUCCGACUCUCACCCAUUGAUAUUUUUUGAAGAGUCCGAGCAACAUAACAUACAAGUAUUGUUUCUUGUUGGAAAGCUAUUGAGUAUUCCAUCAAUUGGUUUAUGACUAGUCAUAAAAAAAUUGUAUUUGGCAGCAUUCCUGCCUGAAGGUUACAAAGAGGCAGGGGGGAAGCCAGUGGUGUUUAGAGAACUGCUGAAUUUUCUCAUAAGUUAGAUAGGAAAUGUUGUAUAGGUGAAAACAAGUGGACCUUAUACAUAUAUAAAUAAAGUUCUGACUUAAAUGUAGGAUCAA